CACAGAUAGAGAGAGAGAGAGAGAGAGAGAGAGAGAGAGGAGGAGGAGGAGAGAAAUAGAGUUCGUCUUCUUCAUUUCUUCCUCUUCUCGAGAACAGGCGAUUGCAGAACCCCAAUCAACAAAACUUCACAACGUAUACGGAGGAAGAAAUAGAGAAACCGAGGGAGAGGGAGUGGUGGGGGUGCAAUGGGGUUCUGGUUCACAACCCUCAUGUUCGUGACGGCGGGCGUCCUCGCCUCUCUCCUCGUCCGCAUCUGCUGCAAUCGAGGCCCCUCCACCAAUCUAUUCCACUUGACAUUAGUGAUUACAACAAUCGUAUGUUGUUGGAUGAUGUGGGCUAUAGUAUAUCUGGCACAGUUGAAGCCCUUAAUUGUACCCAUCCUCAAUGAAGGAGAGUGAAAUGAGGAUUUCUAGCCUAUGGAAAUGUGUUUCUUAUGCCAUUUUGCACCGCAGGGAUAAUCGGAAUGUGUAUUAUACUUCUCAUCAUUAUCUUGUUCCAAUUGUGAACUCGUUCCGUUGAAAAUACGUUACACUUGUAUUCUCUCCCCUUGACUAUGAUCUAGCAGUUGAGGACGUGUUUUUUUUGUUAGGAAGAUUUGUAACAGAAAUAAAUCCUAGAUGUGCUGUACUGUUCACUUGGCUCAGAACCUUAAGAUGUUAUAGCUUGUUUAUGCAAUGCUGCUUUGGGCA